UUACCGUUGUUUCAGUCCGACAUGUGAAGUGAUACUGUAGUGUACAGCGUACGUGAAUAAGAAUCAUAGUAAAUUUAAAUAAAUGUGAUCAUUAUAAUAUUCAUCAUACGCAAAUAGAUCGACCGUUUUAAUAAGUAGCGCAUAACAAACAUAGCAAUAUUAUUAAUGCACAAUGCCUGUACGCCGUGGACAUGUCGCUCCCAAGACAACGCUUAUCGAGACGAUUAUUCGAAAGUUUGAUACACACAAUCGAAGUUUUUUAGUAGCCAACGCACAGCCAGAAUCAUGUCACAUCAUCUUCUGUUCGGAUGGAUUUUGCAAAAUGACGGGAUUCACCAGGGCGGAAGUGAUGCAGCGGUCGGCCUGCACCGAUUUCCUACAGGGUCAAAUGACCUCGGUUGGUGUCAUGGAUUCUAUCCGAGAGGCACUAAGAAAAGGAGAAGAAAAACAUUUUGAAAUUCUAUACUACAGAAAAGAUGGAACCAAAUUUCUCUGCUCGGAAGUGAUUGCUCCGAUCCGCUCGGAAGUCGACGAUAUCUCUUUGUUCAUUAUAAACUUUGAAGAUUUAUCCAAUCCAUCGAAUCCGGAGCCUAUCGAGCAGGUGAAGCUUAGCAAAUUUGAUAAGGCGAGAGCUAGUUUUCGACAAUCAUUUAGAAUUGGACAUAUAGCGCUGCGUGAUCGAGGCCUUCGCCUGGCGGGAUAUCUAACGCCUCCCUCCGAUGCGACGCAAGAUGAAGACGAAAUCAUUGCGCCCAAGCACCCGAUGGAGACCUCCACCAACAAGAAUACAGUCCUCAAGGUGGAAACCAAUAUUUGGGCACCGAUGUCCACGCCUGCCCUGACAAGAACGAAGGAACUGGACUGUCUUCCGCACGACAUCGACACGUUGAGCGGACCAGGCGAGAUUGUAAUCACGGCACCCGACACCACGCAGAACAAUGCGAGAGUGGAAAGCAAGGAACAUAGUUCGAGAGACGCGAAACCAGAGUUUGUGCAAACGAAGAGCUUAGAUUUUGAAGCGCAAUUAAAACAUGUGGAAAGCGCGAAACUAAUUCGCUGUUACGAAAACACACAUUCCCAAACAAGCCGUGGAUUCGUAGAAAAGCGUGCCCAUACGGUAGAUGAUUUCAUGAGAGGUCCGGUAAAUCAUAAUGCGAGAUUGUACUUUCCUUACGUCUCAUCAGAAAGCGACCUGCAGCGGUACAAAGCUGUCCCCGUGAAGCAGGCGGCCACGACGGCUCAGGAUGCGAGGACCAGUUCAUCACUAUCAAAUGUGCCUUCAGACUCGCUCAAAGCUAAGGACAAUGGCUCUGGCAAAUAUUUCCAAGGUACACGGCAGACCAUAAACAUGGGAGAGAAGGUGGCACAGGGAGCUGCAUGCUGUCGUUCUGAAAAGGACAACCUCACAAGUGGCACGGGUGGACUGCUGCGGCACAGGGCGCUCGAUGCUCGAAGUGUGUGUAGAAAAGCGCCAUCAUCAACCGAGUGCACGAUAAAUUAUGUUCGCAACACCAUGUCGGAGGCAAGUUUGCGGGCCAACUCGUGCGUGGAACUGUCCGAAAUACGCAAACUGGACAGUUUGCUGAGGCAGUGCGAAACGCUCAGCUACGAUGACCUGUCCUCGGGCAGCAAUGGCGAACGCGAACUAGAGGACUACAUGGAGCAGCGCAAACACGUCCGAAGGCGCCGCAAUUCCUCGGGGAACUGUAUCUUCACGCCACCCAUUAACAAGUCCACGCUCUCGAUGCUCUCGAGCUUAAACUUAUUGAAUGGCGCGCGAAGAAUUAUGGGCGCCAUGAAUAGACAGGGACAGGGAGGAUUGAAGGCGGGCACUACGCACGAUCAUCCGGACGACUGUUGGCUGCUGUCGCAGAAGUCUUUCACCACCAAAAGCUGUUCAAAUCUGCCCAAGGGCCUUUGCUUUCCUGUGCCGAUGACGGGUGGUACAGAAUCGCUGGGAAAAACUCUCCAGCCCCAGCCCCAGCAGCAGCAACAGCAGGUGGACAACUUGUACAGCUUAUCGGAGACUAUCCUUUCCAACAUACGUAAAGCUACUCAGGCUGUGCACGUAAAACCGAGUAACCAAGAAACGUGCAGAUGUUACAGCGGUAACCCGACGAACCACCACCACCACCACCACCAAAACCCACCGAACACACUACCACUUCCAGUGAGCGGCUCAACAGGAGCACAAGACGACCACUGUGGCGAUAAUGUUAAAGCUGUGUACCGCAAAAAUCAAUGUCUCGCCCCGGACGAGGACAAUCGGAUAGUGAACAUCAUCGAAACGCCCAACAUUGUGCCGAUUUCGAUGAAGAGCCUCAACAGUGCCCUGUCCGAUCGGCUGUGCUAUACGACCAAAGCGCAAAAGUCCUUCGACAACAAGUCGGACAAAUCAAUGCUUUCGCAGGCCAACAGUGUUAAAUCGCGCUCCAAGUUCUCGCCACUGUCGCGCAAGGUUUCUCACAAGACCAACAGCUUCGACACGGAACCGGCUGCC